AUGGACGAGGAUGAGGAGAUUUAUGAGGAGACAAAUGAAGAUAGUGUGAGAGAAUGGAAAAAGCUACUAUCUCUUGCAAUACCAAAUUGUUUUUCCGUUUUUCUCGAGUGGUGGUACUAUGAGAUUGAGAUUUUAUUAUGUUGCUUCCUCUCAGACUCUCAAGCAUGCACUGCGUCAAUGGGAAUUAUCAUCAAAAUCACUGCGCUUGUGUACAUUUUCCAUCAUUCCUUGAGCUUAGGAGUCUCAAUCCGGGUUGGAAAUGAGCUUGGUUCUAACCAUCCACAGAACGCGAAAAGAGUUGCCUUUGCCGGAUUUGUUCUUAGCAUUAUACUAGGGGUCAUUGCUCUCACGUUCAUUCUCUGUAUUAGAGAAAAAUGGGCUACAUAUUUCACUGAUGACGAAGUUAUUAUUAAAAUGAUUGUGAAGGCUCUACCAAUCGUUGGAUUUUGUGAGUUUGUGAACUCCUUGCAAACAAUGGGAAGCGGUAUUCUUAAAGGAUCUGCGAGGCCGAUGAUCAGAGUUAUCAUUAUUGGGGUGACGUUUUACGGGAUUGGGUUACCAGUGGGACUAAUUUUAGUUUUUUGGUUUAAAUUUGGGAUCGAGGGAUUUUGGAUAGGAAUGUUUGCUGCACAAGUCACAUGUUUGAUUGGCAUGAUUGUGGUGAUAUAUAAGACUGAUUGGGAUUUGGAGGCGACAAGGGCUAGGGAGCGCACAAUAGCAGUGUCUAAUGGCAACAAUAACAACGCAGAGGGAGUUGAGGCCGGGCUGUUUGAUGAAGUGGUAGUUGACUAA